AUGUCCUCCUCGACUCCCGCUCCAGACGCGAAUCCAGGCGGCGAACCCGUCUCGCUGUACAUCUACGACCUGUCGAAUGGGCUGGCGGCGAUGUGGGGACAGGCAUUGACGGGCAGACCGGUCGAGGGGAUCUGGCAUACGUCGCUUGUCUUGUACGGCAUGGAAGUCUUCUACGGACAGGGCAUCUCGAUCGUCUCGCCCCCUGGCACGACUCACCACGGCGUUCCGAAGAAGGAGCUCCCCUGUGGCGUCACGCAUCUCGACAAGGAGACCUUCCUCGAGUACAUCGAGGGAUUGAGGGAGACCUACACCGCUGACGCAUACCACAUACUCGAGUUCAACUGCAACACCUUCACGAACGACGUCCUCUCCUUCCUCAACUCCUCCUCAAUCCCCUCCUACAUCCUCUCCCAACCCUCCGAAAUCAUGUCGACACCCUUCGGUGCCCAGAUGCGCCCGAUGAUUGAACAGAUGUUUGUUGGACGACGGACUGCGAGCGCGGGAAGGGCAGAGAUUGGACGACUUACGAGCCAGCUUGGAGGGUUGCCGACUCCUGCGCCGACACCGCCAAGUGCGGAGUCGGUCGCGUCCAAUCUACAAAUCGUCACCUCUGCCUCAUCCCUGCGCUCGACCAUCGUCUCCUCCCCCUCGGUGAUCGUCCUCUACACCCACCCCUCCUCCGCCUCAUUGAACGCGACGAAAAAGACGUUCGAAUCUCUCGCGCCCAAGUACGCACGCACAAAGUUUGUGCUCGUCGAGACGCACCUCGCGCACGGCGGGGCAGGCGAGUUCGCUGACCUCGGAUUGAAGGAGAACGAGAAGGAGAAGGAGACGCUCGCCUUCUUCGCGCGCGGUCGAUGCGUCAAAUCCCUUCCCUCUCCGUCACCGUCAGACCUCGAGAACAAGAUCGUCUGGCUCGAAGACCGUCUUUGGCCUUCGCACCCUCACGCGGCCGUCGGCCUCACACACCUCGACGCGCUCGUUUCCCGCGCUCGGAAGGGCGAAGGGAUGGUCACCUGGAAGGGCAUGCCGAAGAGGGAGGGGUUGGAAAGGAAAUUGGUUGAGGAGGUUGUUGGAGCUGCGUUUGGCGAGGAGGGGAGGAGGGAGCAAGUGCGUGCGGUGAUGCGGGAUGCGGUUGGGAGGGUGUUCAAGGCGGUGCAGGGAGGGAUGGGAGUCGAGCUGGAUGAGCGAGUUUGGAGCGCGGCGAUCGAGACGGUUGAGGCGCUCUCCGCGACGGAGAAGCUCGACGCAGCUCUCUUCCCGCUCAUCGACCUCCUCCGCCUCGCUUUCUCUCUCCCCACCGCCAGCGUCUCUCCAGUCACUCUCGCAUCCCUCCCCCGACUUCUCAACGCCCUCGCAGGCACGCUCGACACCCGCUCCUCCGCUCCUUCGUUCGAAACCGACCUCCUCACCUCCCUCAAACUGAUCUCCAACCUCCUCUCCCCCUCCAUCCAGUCACCUGCACUCACCGCUCGCAUCCUGGCGCCAGACAGCCUCCCCUCCCUCACUCGACUAAUCCUACACGCACUCCUCUCCCCUCCCUCGCCAGGCGCAUCGAAACUCCCACUCGUCGCCGCGCAAACGGCCUUCAGUCUCGUCGCGCGCGUAGGUGAGGAGAGGAUGUAUGAGGAGGAUGUGGGCGGGGACGAGUGGGAAGUUGAGGUGGCGAGUGCGGUUGUUGAGGCGUUGGGAGGUGCGGAAGAUGGGGAGAUCCUCCACCACCUCACCAACUCACUCGGAACCCUCCUCUUCCUUUCUCCGCACUUCUCCUCCGUCCAGUCUUUGCUCGAGGUGCUAGAGACGGAGGCGGUGCUUGCGCGGGUAGAGGAGCGGCUGGCGAAGGAGGAGAGGAACUUGGUUGGGGAGGUGAGGAGGUUGGUUAAGAGUGGAGGAGACGAGUAG